GACGGGCCGAGCCGAGCGCCGGGCGAUCGCGGCUCCCUCGGACCAGCGCACCGCGGAGCGCCUGCCUCGGCGGCGGGAGGUGCCGCCGCACCGCCCCCUCACAGCGCGCUCGCCGUCCCUCGGGCCGCGGGCCCCACGGACAUGUCCAGCAUGAACCCCGAAUAUGACUAUUUAUUCAAGCUACUUCUGAUUGGAGACUCCGGUGUUGGGAAAUCUUGCCUUCUACUUAGGUUUGCAGAUGACACGUACACAGAAAGUUACAUCAGCACGAUUGGUGUGGACUUCAAAAUCAGAACUAUAGAACUAGAUGGGAAAACAAUCAAGCUUCAGAUAGAGUCUUUCAAUAAUGUCAAGCAGUGGCUGCAGGAGAUAGACCGUUAUGCCAGUGAAAAUGUCAACAAGUUGUUGGUGGGGAACAAGUGUGAUCUGACCACAAAGAAAGUAGUAGACUAUACAACAGCAAAGGAAUUUGCAGAUUCUCUUGGAAUUCCGUUUUUGGAAACCAGUGCAAAGAAUGCCACAAAUGUAGAACAGUCUUUCAUGACCAUGGCUGCCGAGAUUAAAAAACGAAUGGGUCCGGGAGCGACAGCUGGUGGUGCAGAGAAAUCCAAUGUUAAAAUUCAGAGCACUCCAGUCAAGCAGUCUAGUGGAGGUUGCUGCUAAAACUUGCCUCCCCCCUUUUGUCUCACAACAAUGAAUUUGCAAUCUGAACCCAAGUGAAAAAAAAAAAAAUUGCCUGAAUUGUACUGUAUGUAGCUGCACUACAACAGAUUCUUACCGUCUCCACAAAGGUCAGAGAUUGUAAAUGGUCAAUACUGACUUUUUUUAUUCCCUUGACUCAAGACAGCUAACUUCAUUUUCAGAACUGUUUUAAACCUUUGUGUGCUGGUUUAUAAACGUGUAAUCCUUGUUGCUUUUCCUGAUACCAGACUGUUUCCUGUGGUUGGUUAGGAUGUAUUUUUGUUUUGAUGUUUCUAUUGGCAUGUUUAGAUGUCAGGUUUAGUCUUCUGAAGAUGAAGUUUAGCCAUUUUGUAUCAAACAGCACAACAGUGUCUGUCACUUUCCAUGCAUAAAAUUUAGUAAGAUAUAUGUAAGAUCUGAUUUGCUAGUUCCUUCUUGUAGAAUUAUAAAUGGAGAGAUCACACUAUCUGAUUAAUAGUUUCUUCAUACUCUGCAUAUAAUUUGUGGCUGCAGAAUAUUGUAAUUUGUUGCACAAUAUGUAACAAAACUGAAGAAAUGUUUAAUAAAUAUUGUACUUAUUGGAAGUAAUAUCAAACUGUAUGGUGAUAAAUAUUGUCUUAAUUUGUAUGGCUAAGGGGGAAAUCAGGCUUGCAUUGUGCACAAAACAACAUAUCUGUGUGUGCAGCCAUGGCUCUCAGACCUUCCCUGCAACUUGCCCAGUGACUGUGGCCCCAAAGCCUGAGCUGCCAUGGUGCUUAAGGCAUGAGUGCUGUACCAGAAACACCCAGCCAAGGUUCAUGAAGCAUAAUGCACUCCGAAUGUACAACAGUUCCCUAACUUAGUCUUGGAACUUAAUUUAUUUCUCAAGGACUUCAGGUAGGGAAUUCCUGUCAGCUUUGCCUAGCAGGGGAGAGAACAGUAUUUCCCUAACACGAACGAUUUCAGUGGAACCCUGAGGAGGUAUAACUUUCUACCAGUAUGUCUUUUCUAUAUACUGUUAAUUCCAUCCUCCUUUAAUCAGUAUCUUCUGACUUAGUGCAACAGCUUAGCUUCUAUUCCCUUCUGCAGUGAGGCACCAGGAGGGUGACAUGGGGAUAGCAAGGCCCCCACACAAACUGUUGCUCAAAGUAGGCGCUUUCUCAAACAAUUUGGAACUAACCAGCAGCCAAGAGGUUUUGGAUGGUGUGUGAGUCUUUGUACAGAGCUAAUCAAAUCAUUAGUGCCUGAUGUCUAGCUAAAAGCCACAGGAAAGCUGGCCUGUAACACUUCCUAUACAUGUAAAAUUGUUCAGCUUUAUCUAAACUCAAAUGUUCAGCCUAUUCUGUAAAUAGUCUCAUGUUUGAAAGACCAUGUAACAUUCCCCUAGUAGUAAAUACACCCUGUGAUAGUAAAAAUAUAGCCUAGGUAUGUUGUGAGGUAUAAACUAAAAACUGGUGCAAAUAUCCUCUGAUUUUUUUUUUUCUGGGGGAGGGGGGGUGACUUUGGCUAACAGCUUUCUUCAACAUAGUUGCAUAAAUCAACAGGCAAUUGUAAUACAUAAAAUAUUGUCAUGGUUAAGUUGAACUCUUCCACUUGAGACCUUCACAAUAAAGUGAUGUGCUUUCUAGUAGA